AUGUUCUCCUCGCCUAACGCUGGCAAGUCUGUUGAUAGCUUGUCACCGCUAUCACCGGGCGGUCGGGCGGACUAUGCUUUCCACAGGAAUAAGCCAGCUUCGAGGCGAGGAUCAACCGCAAGCUCCAUCCAUUCCAUUGGCGGCGCUCUGCAUUCCUCAGUUAGCGGCGGGAACGUUUCGGUUUAUGAAUCUGGUCAAAAUGCCAUCUCGACGUUGCUACAGCCUCCGAUCGUACGAACCGGUCUCCAACCUCACACGACAGCGCCAACCUCUAGCGCUCACAAACCCCCAACUGCGCGAGAUAUCCCACCCGUAACCUUGACGAACAUUCCCCAUGUCGAUGCCGAAGACUUUAAGCCAUACCUUUCGCAGGUGGGUGCCCUGUACGAGCAACUCCGCCGCAUCCAGGAAAACGAUGACGAUGCGGCGGCUUCUGGGCGCCCUUUCAAACUUGAUGAGCCCUUGAGGCGCGGCUCUACCUCCUCGAUAACGUCGCUAGCUUCGAUCGACGCGCCGAGCCCGUCCCGCAAGCCGAGCAUAAGCUUCAGUCGCAAAGCGGCCCAGGGACCGCCGCCGCUGUCGACUAUUCCAACGGUGUACUUUGACGAAGGCUUUCAUCUAGAGAACCCGCGAACGUUUGAUAUUGUGAGCGAGCGAUCCGAAGUUAUAAAACCGGCCGAGGGCAAGCCAAAGGGUGAUAGCGCAGCUCCUCGAAAAGCGCUCGCUACCAAUGCUAUUCUACAAGAGAAGCUCUCUUGGUACAUGGAUACUAUAGAAAUGCAUCUCAUCAAUUCUAUAUCUACCGCUUCAACCACGUUCUUCACUGCGCUGGGAUCGUUGAAGGAACUCCACUCUGAAGCUGCCGGUUCUGUUGACAGAAUCAAAACGCUCAGACAGGAAUUGGAGGCUCUAGACCGAGAGAUUGCCAUGAGCGGUUUGGAGGCGGUUCAAAAACGAAGCCGUCAACAAAACUUGCAGGCAUUGAGCGAUGCCGUCGAGCAGCUGCGCCAAGUAGCCGAAGGGUUGGCCACAUGCGAAACGUUGGUCGAUGAGGGAGAGGUAGACAAGGCGCUGAAGAGCAUAGACAUACUUGAGAAGCUCAUUUCCGGAGAGCGCGAUGGACCGGUUGACGACGGACCGAAGCUGCGAGAUCUGAGAGGCGCGGCAGCGCUCCAGAGUAUCGAUGCCGAUCUAAAUACGCUACGUUUCAGAGCUGGAAAGGCAUAUGAGUCUCAAUUUUCUGCCAUUCUAUUUGCAGAUUUACGGCGGCAUGUUGAAUCAGUAUCGAAUGCUGAUGUACUUUUGCGAUGGGAUAAUGCUGCUUCACGAACGAGAGGGGGGCAUUCUCGCUCACCUUCCAUAUUCCCUACUUAUCUGACGGCAACAGAGGAUUUGAAAGCACAGCUGCAUCCUGUGAUGGCUGGACUGUCUCGGGCGAGGCAUGUCAGCACAGCAGCAUUGGCAUACAAGGAGGCGGCACUCAAGGAAAUUCGAAAUCUCAUCCGACGGCCUUUACCAAGCUCAAGCGAAGAUGAUAACAUGUCGCUUAUGUCCGUUUCAACAGCAGGUGGCGGAAGACAUCUAUCGAGUCAGGAGAAGUCGGCCAACUUAGCCCGCAAUCUGCGCGCGCUAGAACCCGAAGACGCGGAGGAUUUGCUAAAGAAGAUGUACGUUGGCGUCACGGAGACGCUUAGAAGACUGUCCACGCAAGUAAAGGUGCUCCUGGAUAUCGCAUCCUCUCUCGCCGACACGACGGAAGGAGACGGCAUCAAGUCUCCCACUGUUCGAUCACCUUUGGGCAGCCCUCGACCGGUCAAGGCACCGUUUCCUGGACUUGAGAUUCAAGAGGAGAUGCACCGAGCCUUGGAUGUGACGAAUCUGUUAGCCCAAGGCGUCGACAUUGCCAAUGACAAGAUUGUCAAGGUUCUCAAGGUUCGGACGGAGCAGGCAACAGGUCUCUCGUUAGACAUGUUCCUCCGCUACUUCACUCUGAACUUGUACUUUGCAAAUGAAUGUGAAGCUAUUUCUGGACGGAGUGGUACGCCACUGAAGAACGUCGUCAACAGCCACAUCAAGGAGUUUGUUCAGAGGCACCAGAAUGCCGCAAUGCAAACUCUGGCGCAAGGCAUGGAAGCGGACAGAUGGGUUGCCAAGGACUUUAACGAGAAACUUACUAGACAGCUCGGGGAGAUUUUGGAGUGCAGCACGCACGAUGCCGAGUCAUGGGGCAACGGUAACAAGCUGUGGGUGCCGGCCAUUGAGCUCCUCCGACUGAAGCUGGAAGAGGAAUCAGCCGAAAAAGAAAAGGAAAAGAGCAGCGGCGAAAGAGAAAGGGCUCGACCGGCGGUUAUCGAAUCAGAGAAGUUUAUUCUUCCCAAUUCGGCCAUUUUAUGCAUACAAGGGGUAGAGCACUUCCUGCACUUGAUUGCGGGCAUUCCUUCUAUGACUACAGAUAUUGCAGCGUCUUUGAUCGCCUACCUGCAGCUCUUUAACUCCCGAUGCACACAGCUCAUUCUGGGGGCGGGCGCUACGAAAACAGCAGGACUCAGAAACAUCACGACGAAGCAUCUAUCCCUCGCAUCGCAGGCCUUGUCACUGAUGGCCACGCUGAUGCCACACAUUCGCGAGUUCGUCCGACGGCACGCGGGGACCAGCGCAGGGACGUCGGUGCUUAUGGGGGAGUUCGACAAGAUCCGUCGACUCCUGCAAGAACAUCAAAGCAACAUUCAUCAAAAACUAGUCGAGAUUAUGAACGGGCGUGCCAUUCUGCACUCCAAGGGCAUGAAGACGAUUCAGUGGCACAAAGACGACGAGGGCGCUAGUGCACAUGCGUAUAUGGAAACGCUUGUCAGGGAGACAGUAACUCUACAUAAGGUGCUUACGAAACACCUACCGGAGAAUGUCAUUCAGGCCAUCAUGGUGCCUGUUUUCAGCGGCUACAAGGAGGUGCUGGGCUCGGCAUUUCGGGAUGCAGAGGCGAAGAAUAAGGCAGGACAACAAAGCAUGCUUCGAGAUGUCGAGUUGUUCAAGAGCACUCUUGGCGGCCUUGACGAAUUCGGCGAUGUUGGUGAGUACUUGACGAAUAUCGUCAAGAGCAAAGAGAUUGCGCCUGAAGAAGCUCCCGAAGCGCCAAGACAAGAUACGAAGCUAGAGGACAAGGCCAAGCAAGAUAAGGCUGACGACGGCAAGGACGAGGACAAGAAGGUGGAGAAGAAUAUUGUCACCAAAGAUGAAAAGACGGCGUCCAGCGAAGAAGACGGGCCCGAGCCUCCGGCCAAAAACGAUGUAGACGUGAACGGGAAUGGGAACAAGGGGAAGGCGGGCAUGUAA